AUGUCCUUCGACUCGUCAGAUUCUUUCGACGACGACGAUGUAGACUUUGACCAGCUAUAUUCAGCACGCUCCCAAUCACGUGGACCUCCGGUAGCAGCCGUGGUGCCUGCCGAGCCUAGCACUGAUCCGUUUGUUUUAAGGGGCGAAAACGCGAUACUUCGUGCCCAGCUACAAAAAAUCAGUGACAAGUUCGAGCAGGAAAGCAGGAAGCUAAAACAACAUUAUCAUGUGCUACUGAGUGAACGAGAAAACCGCAUCAAUGAGCUCAUGGACAGCGUUAAUAAGGUGAAGGAGGACAAUGAAUUUCUGACAUCUGAAAAUAAAAAUCUGGCAGCCAAGUACAUCCCAGCCACCAAGAAGCGUCGUUUGCAGGACGAGUCAAUAGAGAUGUCGAUAUCGGACGUGUCUGUGCGGUCAGGAGGUGCAAAGGAAGCCAGCACCCUGGCAGAAGAGGGCCCUCAAACGGUUGCCAUAAUCAAUCAAGUUUCGAUAUUUCAAGACGAGAAGAACUCGUUUAUAGAGGCCAUUUCGUCACACGUGAUUCCCGGAAUGAAUCGCACAACACUAAGCUAUUUAUCGAAUAUAUCAUCGGCAUUCAAUUAUGAGAACAGGGAUUUUCAUAUAUCAAAAGAACGAGAAAGCGUCAAAACUGCAAUUGUCGACUAUCUGAUCCGAUUUGAGAACAAAAAUAGGAUCGAUAUGCUGCUGAGUAGCUUUGUCGAAAUUCUGUUUGACUAUGUUGUGCAAUCACUUGAUCGAGACAAUCUUUUUGCGGCCCCCUUCUUGCUGUCGCUCAUUCAUUUCAGUCUGAAUUAUAGACCCAAGGCAGUAGCUUUUCCACUGAUACAAGACUCCAUGAAGAGUGUGAACCACUUGCUGCAGAAUUUCACCACAGUACUUAAGCAGGACCAGCCAUAUCUCUCAAACGAAAACAUGGACGUCAUAACAACAGCCAACUCGGCAUCGACAGAUCUCAAGCUUGACGUUGUGCAGAAGACUAUGCAUAAGAAAGUGCUCGAUGUAUUUAUCACAGUCUAUUUGAUGGACAUCAUGGAAACUUUAGGCAAGCUUUCAGCAUAUCUUAAUUCACCUAGCAACCCGACACUAACAGAGUACUGGUCGCUCUUUCCAAAAUCAUUACUCUUGCAUUGCCUGUCAUUGAAAACCCCAAUAGGGUUUGUUUUCAAUCUGGUGGAGAUUCUAGCUAGCUCAAUUACCAAAGAUCGAUUUGCAUACACAGACAACUCAAAAUCAAAAAACCAAACACUCACCAAAGAGUCGACAGAUACGCUUACAAACCUUAUUAUAUUCGUUACGCAGGGGCUGGAGCAAGAUAUGUGCAUAUACGGCCUUAACAGAAACAUAGGGAGCAACGCGUAUGCUCCGCUGCUAGAUAUUCUGGUUCCUAACCAUACUUCGCCCAAGCCCAUAUCACACUCGUGGGAUGAUUAUAGACAAAUUCUGCAAACAAGCUCGAGCAUUGGUCAUUGCAACAAACACGAAAUCGCGGUCUUGAAACUUCGGAUCCGUAUACUGCAACUUUUUGAAGCUUAUUUCUCCCAGCGAGCUGCCAGCUCCAUCAAGAAAGAAAUCAUUACAAGUUUUGUCUCGUCAAUGGUGACGCAGCUUGGCUUUGAGCAAGAGCUGAUUUAUAGAGCCCCCCGCGCGAACACAGUUGGCUGCAGAUUGCAACUAAUCUCUCUGAUUAUGAGACUCGUGCAUUUCAUACUGCUAUCAUCAGGACAGGUCGCAAUAUCUGAUUUGCCGGGAACCACCCUACGCGAGCUCGUUAUAGCCCUGCUACGGAUCUCUGCAGACAGCCUGAGGCCGCUGGCAUUGGAAACGAUACGGCAAUGGCGUGAGCAAGGUCACGUGCCCGCAGUUUCUAGCUCGCCGAACGGAGUGGAGAUCAACUACGACGACUGGACGAUCGACAUGGCGCGGGAUGUGAUUGGCCAGUGCAUUACGGGAGACGAAGCUGACGCACUGCACUAUAGCAUCAACUAUGACCUCCCGGACAACGAUAUUAUGUUGGAGUAA